AUGGUUCGAGCCAAUAUCUUGGUGUUUCUCCUUGCGGGAGUGAAAGCCGUGGUAGGGGCCAAACCAGUGAGCAAGAUUGUUCCAGGCGCUUACAUUGUUGAGCUCGAAGACGCCCAGGUAAGCCAUUCCAAUUCCGCCUUCUUCAGCAAGAUUGAAUCCAAGUGCAACACGCGCAUGAAGUUUAACUCGUCUCUGUUCAAGGGCGCCUCGAUCCAAUUCAAUGACCUGCAAUCAGCAGAGGCGAACGCUAAAGGUCUCUUGUCACUAUAUGGUGUCAAGCAAGUGUGGCCGAUGAAGACGUACUCGUUGCCCAAAGACGAAAUCUUGCAUGCCGGCAACUCGGGCUCCUUCAUCGAAAACGUGAAGAGGCAGGUCGGCAACGACACGUUUUCGCCUCAUCUCAUGACCCAGGUCGACAAGCUGCGAGCGGAGGGCUUUGUUGGCAACGGCGUCAAGAUUGGUAUUGUUGAUACUGGUGUGGACUACACUCACCCUGCCCUUGGCGGUUGCUUCGGCGAGGGCUGCUUGGUCAGCUACGGCUAUGACCUGGUUGGUGACAAUUACACAGGUUCAAACACCCCCGUGCCAGAUACCGAUCCGUAUGAUGGCUGCGAGGGCCACGGCACCCACGUGGCCGGAAUCAUUGCUGCCCAGGCAAACCCAUUUGGCUUCACUGGUGCUGCCCCCGGCGUUACCCUUGGCGCAUACCGAGUUUUCGGCUGUGACGGUAAUGCUGGUAGUGAUAUUCUUAUCGAUUCUUACCUGCGAGCCUUCGAGGAUGGUAGCAACAUCAUCACUGCCUCCAUUGGCGAUUCUUCAGGAUGGAGUGAGGAUCCUUGGGCGGUCGUCGCCUCACGAAUCGUCGAGCAGGGAGUUCCCUGCACUAUCUCAGCCGGAAACUCUGGCUCCGCAGGCCUCUUCUAUACCAGCACGGCAGCCAACGGCAAGAAGGUCACCGCCAUUGCAUCAACCGACAAUGUGAUUUCUCCGAUGCUCUUGGUCAGCUCGUACUACACGGUUGACGGUGGCGAUAACUUGACUUUUGGUUAUGUUCUGGGUACACCAGGUGACUGGGCAGGUGUCAACUUGCCCCUCUGGACACCGACCUUCAACGUAACCGACCCAGCUGGUGGUUGCGACCCCUACCCUUCUGACACUCCUGACUUGUCUGGCUUCAUUGUCCUCGUUCGCCGUGGAACGUGCACGUUCGUUCAAAAGGCGGAGAACGCUGCCGCCUUCGGUGCCAAGUACGUCGUGUAUUACAACAAUGUGGAUGGUGCCCUUUCGCCCGCUGCUGCCGUGGAGGGAAUCUUGGCUGUUGGCAUGGUGACUUCAUCGCAAGGAGAGAAGUGGGUGGCCCUUCUGGAAGCAGGAUCAGAGGUCUCAUUCGACAUGCUCGACCCUGAUACCGCCCCUGUGGUCCUUGGUGAGGGGAUCAACAACGUGACGGGUGGAUUUGCCAGCACUUUCUCAAGUUGGGGCCCGACUUUUGAGGCUGAUAUCAAGCCCCAACUUGCCUCUCCCGGCGGUCACAUCUUGUCCACCUACCCAGUUACUCUCGGAUCGUACGCUGUUUUGUCUGGAACUUCAAUGGCUUGCCCCCUUGCAGCAGCUAUUUUUGCUCUCAUCUCCAACGUCCGGGGCACGCUUGAUCCUAACGAGCUUCAGCAUGUUCUCGCCACGACAUCGAACCCCAACCUCCACAACGACGGAACAACGACCUAUCCUGUUCUUGCACCUGUUGCUCAGGUUGGCUCCGGUUUGAUGCAAGCUUACGACGCCGCUUACGCCACUACUCUGCUCAGCGUCUCGAGCCUUGCCUAUAAUGACACUGACAACUUGGUCGACACCCUAAACUUCACCAUCACCAACACAGGAACCGAAGAGGUUACCUACAACCUGAGCUACGUCAGCGCUGCCACCGGGUACACGUUCUCGAACGAUAUCUACCCCGAUCUUUUAACCGCUAUCGAAUUCGACGAGUCCUUUGCUACCAUCGAAUUGAGCGAAUCCAAGGUAGCCGUCCCCCCUGGCGCCGAAGCCACCAUUGAAGUUACCGUCAAGCCCCCCGAGAUUGACGCCUCGCGCCUGCCCGUCUACUCCGGCUACAUCACCCUCAACGCCACUAACGGUGAGAACCUAUCGCUCCCCUACCAGGGAAUCGUCGGUAGCCUUCACGACACCACUGUUCUCGACGGCGCUUACCUCUCCUCCACAAGCGACCCAGCCGCGGAACCCAUCACGUCUGAAAACAUCACCUUCAUCCUGCCGCGAUAUAGCAGCACUGAAGCCGCGCUCCCCCUCGCCGUCAUCUCCCUUUGCUUCGGAUCGCCCCUCGUCAAGAUUGAGGUGUUGUCCGUGCCCGGCUACGGCAAUUCCACCAACACGGCCAAGAGCCUGGGGAAUAUCCUCGGCUCGCCCCUGCCUUACCUGCCUCGCGACUCCUUUACCAUAGACUGGAAUGGGAAGCUCGAAGAUGGAAGUUUUGCGGCCGCGGGCAAGUAUUUGUUUAAGGUUGCCGCGCUGCAUAUCUUCGGCGAUGCGAAUAACACCGAUGAGUACGAUGUUGCUCAGACGGCAGCGUUUACGAUUGAGUAUGUAUGAAUGAUGUGAUGGGAUGUCUUUUCACGAGUAGAGUAGAGCAAAAAUUUCUUUUUGCACAUAGUUGAAUACAUUUUAAUCGAGCUCUACUUUUUUUUUGUGGUACAAA